CUCGGUCGAGGUGUCCCCUCCUUGCUCCCAUUUCGGUUAUCCUGGGUUAUUGAGAUCCGUGUAAAUCACCUUUUGCAGCCUCCCGAACUCCUCGGAGAAGCCAGGAGCUGAGCAGGCAGUUGGAGUCAAGGCCACCGGCAUAUAAACCUUGCCCUCCUCGAUCUUCCAGCAUGGGCACCACCAUUCACCCGCAAGAUCCUACCUGGGAUGCCCUCUGGAUGCUGUUAGCAGCCUUCGGCCUCUUCCUCCUGCCCGGCCCGGCCCGGGCUAACGAGUACGACUACGUCAGCUUCCAGUCGGACAUUAGCUCCUACCAAAGUGGACGCUUCUACACCAAGCCGCCGCAAUGCGUGGCCAUCCCGGCCGACCUCCGUCUGUGCCACAGCGUGGGCUACGACAAGAUGGUUUUGCCCAACCUCCUGGACCACGAGACCAUGGCCGAGGUGAAGCAGCAAGCCAGCAGUUGGGUGCCCUUGCUCAACAAGAACUGCCAUUUCGGCACCCAGCUCUUCCUUUGUUCUCUGUUUGCCCCCAUCUGCUUGGACCGGCCCAUCUACCCCUGUCGCUGGCUCUGCGAGGCCGUGCGUGACUCCUGUGAACCUGUCAUGCAGUUCUUUGGAUUCUACUGGCCCGAGAUGCUUAAAUGUGACCAGUUUCCCCAGGAUGAUGUCUGUAUUGCCAUGACGGCCCCCAACGCCACUGAAGCUUCGAAGCCCCAAGGCACUGCUGUGUGUCCCCCAUGUGACAAUGAAAUGAAGUCGGAGGCCAUCCUCGAACACUUGUGCGCCAGUGAGUUUGCCCUGAAGAUGAAAAUAAAAGAGGUGAAGAAAGAAAAUGGAGAUAAGAAAAUCAUCCCGAGGAAGAAAAAGCCAUUGAAAUUGGGCACCAUCAAGAAGAAAGAGCUCAAGAAGCUGGUGUUGUACCUUAAGAAUGGGGCAGACUGUCCUUGCCACCAGCUGGACAACCUCAGCCACCAGUUUCUCAUAAUGGGUCGGAAGGUGAAGGCCCAGUACCUGCUGACAGCCAUCCAUAAGUGGGAUAAAAAGAAUAAAGAAUUCAAAAAAUUCAUGAAGAAGAUGAAGACUCCCGAUUGUCCCACAUUUCAGUCUGUCUUCAAAUGAUCAGCUGGUGCUGGAGGAUAGGGGACAUACUUUCAUUUUCAUUUUUCAUUAAUAAAAUUUUAAUUUUUUUUAUAUUAUAUAUAUAUAUAUAUAUAAAUAU